AUGGAUUCGAUUUUUGAAUUUCUUCUCUUUUGCUUUUUGUGUUUUUCUUUUGGGGCCAGUUACCACGAGCAGUAUAGGGUACCUCACGCUUGCACAGAUAAAUGGGAGUCAUACAUAAUGGACGAUAAGGAGUAUUUACUUCAGAACCUACCUGUGACUUGGGAGAAUGCAAAGAUAUUGUGCAGAGGUCACCACAACGGAACUCUAGCGAUUCUGGACACCAAAGAAAAAGCUGAAUUCUUGGCUGAAGCACUUUCCGAAUCACAGUUAAUGAUUGAAUCCCUCUGGGUGGGUGCGCGGCGGGAGGGCUCUGAGGACCCGCUCGGCUACAGGUGGGACGCGGGCCAGGAACUCCGGAGGACCGCGCUCGACGUGCUCUCCGAGGAGGACAGCGACUUCGCCAAGCAUUAUCCUCUGUGGCUGAACCGCACACACAUCCCGGUGCCAGAGGGCGGCGCUGACUGCGUGGCCCUGGAGCGGGUGGCACACGACAAGCCUGUGUUCGUCGACCUGCCCUGCCAGCUGCAGCGGGCCUUCGCCUGCGAACGAGAUGCCCAGAAGGAGACGGUGGUGAGUGAGCUGAAGAAGGUGAGAUGCCGCAGUGGGCUGUACCACGUGUAUGAUGGCAGCAUGGACUGGCAUCAGGCAGCUGCCUACUGCGUCAUCAACAAGAUGAGUCUAGCCAACAUAGCGUCGAUGCGGUGUCUCAAGAAGUUAGGCGUGUCCAUGCUAAAAACUCGCCCCAGUAUCGAAAACGCGUGGGUUGGUGCCCGAGGCUCCCUGGGUCGCUGGUGGUGGGUGGAUACAGGUCUAAGCAUCUUCCAAACAUCGCCGUACAGCGACGCUGCGCCUGGGACCUGGCCGCCUUUGAGGGACAGAGUAAAUUUGAAACCCAACGGCUGCCUCCAACUGGACAGGCACGCUACCCACCCCCCUGUGUUCCUAGAGGCGCGAUGUGAGAGGAAAAUGCAGUUUAUUUGCUAUCAGAGCACACCAUUGCUGCGGUCGUCUACAGCGCUACCUAGCGACGAAAACUAUUACUACGUGUUGGUUCGACAAGCUUUGCCCUGGCAGAAUGCAUACGACAACUGCAUAAAUAUGAAGGGAACACUCGCUUCUAUGGACACUAGCGACAUGUUCAUCCAGCUCUUGCUUAUUAUGGGAGAAAAUAAGGACGAACCUGUGGACCACAUAUGGGUGUCGGGGCGUUUAAAUAACACCGAUUCCUCUGUCCUCGCCUGGUACAAUCCGACGAAUAACAAAAAGAUACAGGACGCGAAAGCUAUUGGUGACGCUAAUUCUGCCACAUUUGUACCUCCCUGGCUAGACGAGGAGUUCACGAUGGACAGUCCAUGCCUGAACCUCGACCGCCAGGACCACCUCAAGGGGCUGGUGUACGGGCUGCCCUGCGACGUGCUGCAGUAUUCCAUCUGUAUAAUCGGCCCAAGCCCCCGCAAGCUGUCUUCCCAAGCCACCCCAAUGUCCCCAACAUCCCCGUGA